AUGGACAAGGGAAAAGCGCGACAGCUGGACAGCGACCAACGGAAUGGCGUGCCACCACCACGCGACCGGCUAGAAGACUCGCCGCUCUCCUACAACCAGCUCGUCUCCGGUCUCAUUGAUUUUCUCGAGGUCGCCUUCCAUACCAUCCUGUGCAUGCGCUCCGUAUACCCCUACGAUGUGUUUGCUCGACGCAAAAAAUACAGCCAUCCGUGCUACCAGUCUCGCCAUCCGGGACUGAACGAGUACAUCUCACGAGUGCUGACGGCGCUUCGCAGCGAGAUCGAAAAGAGCACCGUCAGCAAAGUGAUCCUUGUCAUCCGGCCCAACGUUGUCGCUGAUCCGAAUCAUCGGGGCUUGGGGAGCGGAACGUCGCCGGGGCUUAGCUCGAGCAAUGGGAGUAGUGGAGCAAAUCCUGCAGACGCGUACGAACGCUUCGUGUUCAGCCUAGACUACAUCCUGCCGUCUUCGUUGAUCGAUCCACGCAAUAGGGAUCUGGCGAUAUCCAGCAACGUCACCAACAGCGAGCUCGAGCUAAUCUUCAGAGGAUUCAUGCAGAAGCUCAUGGUCGUCGAUGGCGUUCUGUACGACAUGCCUGCAGCAGCAGGAACAAAUGGUAGUAGCAACGAUGACUCUGCAUUGGCUCCGGAGCUCACUUUUGCAGUGGUUCUAGAGAUGGCAGACGAGGAAACCUCACCAUCAGGCAAAGAUCGGAAUGAGGCAAGCACUGGCGACUGGAUUCCAGCCGAUGGCGAAAACCUCGGACGCACACAUCGUACUCAACCUUCUUCGCCCGGCAACGAAAACACCAGCUCUGUCGCUGCACCCAAAAUACGACCGAUAAAAACCCUCGACUCGGGCGUGAUCAACCUCAUGCUGUAUGUCGAAGAAGACAUCUACGCCAAAUCAGGUCAUCAUCAUCCGACUCACCACCCGUCCUCAAAACGAACCGCGGCGAAGCCUACGUCUGCACAGACAACCCGUUCGACGCACGGAGUCGAAGACGAACUGCUGCUGACCAAAGCUACGCAGAUGGACGUCACUUCGGGCGUCACCACCGCAGCUCGAGGCAAUGCGAGGGAGAUCAAGAACCGAGCGCGUCGGUUGGACAUAGAGCGCGAUCUGGACCAGCCAGCGCUCGCCGAGGCCGACGCGGAAGCCGACAUUGCGCAGUCCAAGACCAAGCGCAAACGCGCACGCAUGGUGCUGGGCGAGACACGAGCUGCCGAAUCCGCAUCUGAAUCGUCGUCUUCUGCUCCCAGCUCGCCGAGUGGUAGCAGUCAGAGUAUCAGAGAUGAUUUUGGUGGUCCGCUCAGCGGCGGGUUUUGA